AACACGACAUAAGCCAAGAUACCUCGGCGCUUGGAUUUCUAUGAUGUUAUCCAUACAAAGAGAUUGUAUAUGUAUAACUAAGAAAGCGCCACGAGUUCAUGAGCUCAUGGCUUUCAUUUUGACAUGUUUAUCUCUGAGUAUGUGACUCGAAAGCUCUUGGCUGUUCCGCCAUUGUAGUUUUUGUAUGACUUAAGGAUAACUGUAUGCCAAUUCGGCAGGCAAGAACGACGUUUUGGAUUUUCGGGAAGGAAUAUAUAAGAAUGUGUUACCCUGCCUUUUGUCUUCGGGUUUGGUUUUGGUAUAUUCACUAGAUAUCUCUAUUAUCGCAAUUUGAUUCCCUACUAUUCCCUUGAUUAGGAAUAGAUCGCUACAUUCUUUUGUUUGACAUACACACAUAUACAACCUUACACAUAUACAGCAUACAUACAAUUAACAUACACCCAUACAUUGUUUAGACCAGCGCACCUACAAUGGCGUCGCAAGAGAAACCUUCCUAUACCACCCGCCCGCAUGCAUUCCUCCUUAACCCCCAAGAUGCCGCCGCUCAACUUUCUACCAACCUCGAAACGGGCCUCACAGCGCGACAAGUCCAAACUAUUCAAGCGUCGCAUCUACCGAAUGAACUCAAUACUGGCGGUUCCAUAUCCUGGUAUAGAAUCCUCCUCAAACAAAUUUCCAAUGCCAUGAUCCUCGUUCUCGUAUUCGCUAUGGCGCUUAGUUUCGGCGUAAGUGAUUAUAUCGAAGGAGGAGUUUUGGUUGCCGUCAUUACGUUGAAUGUACUUAUUGGAUUCUUCCAAGAAUUUAGCGCAGAGAAAAAAAUGGAUUCGCUGAGAGCGCUAUCUUCACCAUCGGCUUCGGUAUUAAGGGAUGGAUCUGUGAUUGUGGUCCCAAGUCCGGAGGUCGUGCCGGGAGAUAUUGUACUCCUGAAAAUGGGCGAUACGGUACCGGCAGAUUUGCGCAUUUUCGAAGCGAUGAAUUUAGCGUGUGAGGAAAAGAGUUUGACGGGUGAAUCUGAACCAGUUGAGAAGAUUACUUCGAAUGGAAUUUUUGUGCCGGGAACCGAAGAGAGAGCGACAACCGAAGAACAAGUUGGCAUUGCCGAUCGUAACAAUAUGGCAUAUUCUACCACGACGGUUAUCAAGGGUCGUGGAAGGGGUAUUGUCGUAUUUACGGGUAUGCAGACUGAAGUUGGAAAGAUUGCGGCGUCGACUACCAAGAAACAGCGCAAGGAUGGACGAUCGAUGAACUAUAAAAAAUAUGGAAAAAUCCAGCCGGUUAAGGGAGCUGCUAGACGUACUUACGAUUUUGUUGGAAAGUUUUUAGGACUUACUGAAGGUACCCCAUUGCAAAGAAAGUUAAGCAAGGUUGCGUAUCUCCUCUUCGGAUGUGCUAUCUUAUUAGCAAUUGUGGUUUUUGGUGUGAAUAGGUUCAAUGUUACUGAUGAAGUAGCUAUUUAUGCCAUUUCCACAGGUAUUGCUAUUAUUCCCGAAUCAUUGAUUGCGCAAGUAAAUCCUUUCUCAUUUGAUAUAUAACGUCUAACAUCAUCUCAGGGUUUUGACAAUCACAAUGGUUGUCGGUAUGACCGUUAUGCGUAAAGCCAAUGUUGUCGUCCGUGAUCUAUCAGCACUCGAAGCACUUGGUGGAGUAACAAAUAUCUGCUCUGAUAAAACAGGCACACUUACUCAAGGAGCUAUGAUCGUUAAGAAAGUAUGGCUUCCUAAGGUUGGAAUUUAUACCGUGAACAACUCCAUGGAUCCCAAUAAUCCUACAGAAGGUACCGUCACUAAAGCAGCAUUUACCUCUGAGGGUACCCAGGCUCCAUCCUCUAGCGAGAACACUGCCAUCGAUUUCGAUAAUCAACGAAGUGCAGCUGCAUUAAAAUUUGAUAUCCCAGCUGAAAAGUCUGCUAGAGAUCAAAACAAGAGUUCGUCAUCAAAAAAUGAAGAACCAGCCGAACUUAUACCAGAACUCGAGAGUUUCCUUCAAUCUGCUGCACUUUGCAACCUUGCUACUGUCAAAAAUGAAGUUGUGGAAGGCGAGACGUCAAGAAAAUGGAAAACAACUGGAGAGCCAACAGAAAUCGCGCUGCAGGUUUUCACUCACCGAUUUGAUUCCGGGAAGAGACUUCUUGAAAAUGAAGGAUGGAAACAACUCGCCGAAUUCCCAUUCGAUAGUAGCAUUAAGCGAAUGUCCGUGAUCUAUCAACGACCAGAUGGGGAGCGUAUGGUGUUUACAAAGGGGGCUGUCGAAAGGAUAUUGGAUCUUUGUUCCUCCGUUGGAAGUGGAAAUACAAAUGAUAUAAUGACAAAUGAAUUGAAGGAGAGCAUAAAUGAACAAAUGAAUAAAUUUGCUGAGCAAGGCCAGCGAGUUCUCGCUGUGGCAGCUAAGUCAUGGAUCAGGAAUACCUCAUCGGACGACAAGAUUCGAGACGACGAAAAUGUACGGAUUGAAGUGGAACAAGAUCUUACACUUCUGGGUCUAGUCGGGAUAUAUGAUCCACCUCGUGACGAAACUAAAGAUGCUAUACGGGAGUGUACUCAAGCUGGAAUUAAAGUUCAUAUGCUCACAGGUGAUCAUCCUUCUACUGCCAAAGCAAUUGCACAGGAAAUUGGUAUUAUCCCGAGAAAUCUUGGAACUUUAUCCGCUGAUGUCUCUGCAUCUGUCGUUAUGAAAGCUACGGAAUUUGACAAUCUCACUAAUGAACAAAUUGACGCACUACCUACUCUCCCUCUAGUGCUAGCUCGUUGCGCACCAGAUACCAAAACGCGGAUGAUUCAUGCCUUGAGACGAAGAGGACUCUAUAUGGCUAUGACAGGUGACGGGGUAAACGAUGCGCCGAGUCUUUCCGAAGCAGACGUUGGUAUUGCAAUGGGUAUCGCCGGUUCAGAUGUCGCCAAAUCCGCAUCGAAAAUUGUACUUCUCGACGAUAAAUUCAACAGUAUCGUAGCCGCUAUCCGCGAAGGUCGUCGCAUGUUCGACAAUAUCCAGAAAUUCGUCCUGCAUCUCCUCUCGUCCAACGUCGGUGAAGUCAUCUUACUUAUCGCUGGCCUAGGAUUUCAAGAUGUGAACAACCAAUCAGUGUUUCCACUGAGUCCUUUACAAAUCCUCUGGAUCAAUAUGCUUACAUCCAGUUUCCCUGCUUUUGGACUGGGAAAAGAAAAAGCCAGUUCAACCGUUAUGAAGCGUCCACCUCACGAUAACAAGCGAGGUGUCUUCACUAACCAAAUCCUCGUCGAUAUGAUCGUCUACGGUAUCCUCAUGGGAACCUGCACCCUCCUCACAUUCGUAAUCAUAAUCUACGGCGUCAACAACGGUAAUCUCGGCCACGACUGCAACCGCAGCUACAAUCCCACCUGCGGUCCUGUGUUCCGCGCCCGCGCAGCAGUCUUUGCAGAAUUAACAUGGCUAAUCCUCAUUUCCGCAUGGGAAUUCAAAUCCAUCCGUCGCAGCCUCUUCUCUCUCGACCCCCAAUCUCAAUCUCAAUCCCAAUCUGCCUUCCCAAUCUUCAAAGACCUCUACUCAAACCCCUUCCUCUUCUGGGCCGUCGUAAUCGGCGCCCUCUCCGUCUUCCCCGCCGUCUACAUCCCCGGCCUCAACACCUCCGUCUUUAAACAUAUAGGUAUAACAUGGGAAUGGGCACUUGCUAUCGGAGCGGUAUUUCUUUUUGUUCUAGGUAUUGAGGCUUGGAAGGGUUGUAAGAGGUAUUGGGGAUUAUUUGAGAGAGAGGAGGGAGAGGGUGAUGGGGAGGAGAUGGAUAGGGAGGGGAAGUUGGGGUUGAGACAGGGGUUUUUUACGUUUGCUAAGUCGAAUAGUUCGGUAGGGAGGUCGUCAGUGGGGAGGGAGGAUGUGAGCAAGGAGGAGGAGGUGGAGAUGGGUGGAUUGGGUGGAUUGGGGGUGAUGUCUACGGUGGGGUUGAUUGGGAGGAAGGAGAGGGAGAAGGAGAAAGAUUCGAGGGUGGGGACGGGGUGGAGUGGUGAGUCGGCGGUUUAGGGUUUGCGUUUGCGUUUGUUCUUCUUUCUUUCUUUUGUAUUAUUAUUUUUAAAGGUUUGAUAGAACCUUAGUAUAAUACUGUAAUAGCGAGCGGUAUGAUAAUUAAUUAAUUAAAUUAAUAUAUAAAAACUAUCAAUUUAUUUCUUUUCAAAUUUUUUUGUCAACUUGCCGAUAUCAAAACCUUAUUAUAUAUAUAGUGUAUUACAAUUUAUCUGAUGUAAAUUAUAAAAAAUAAGAAACUUGCUUAAAUGAGUCGCAAUCCUGAUAAUCUGAUUGGUCUAAAAUACCCCAGUAAAUAAAUCUAACAAAAAGCUUGAUAUAAGUUUUAUAAUCUCAAACAAAUCUGACUUGAAACUUUUUUCAACUCUAUUGAAAUCAUUCAACUUUAUUCAUUCAAUUCAACCUUAUUU